UCAAAAUGGAUAGUAUAGAAGAACCUCAGAAAAAAGUCUUUAAGGCUCGAAAAACAAUGAGAGUGAGUGACCGUCAGCAACUUGAAGCAGUGUACAAGGUCAAAGAAGAACUGUUGAAAGCUGAUGUCAAGCUGUUAAAUGGCAACCAUGAAAAUGGAGAUUUGGACCCAACCUCACCUUUGGAAAAUAUGGAUUAUAUUAAUGACAAGGAAGAGGUGAAUGGCAUUGAAGAGCUUUGUUUUGAUCCUGAAAAAAGUAAUUCAGAAUGGAAAGAAACCUCUUGUACCUUAAAUGUUAAUAUAAAAAACAAGCAGGAUGAUGAUUUAAAGCAUGAACCUUUGUCUCCUAAUAGUAUAGCUCCUGAACUAGUCUGUAAACUGACUGCUGAACCAGCUUCUGAUGAGCCAGCCUCUGUUGAGCUGGCUAUGGCAGAUCCAGCUUCUGGAGAUUCAGCCCCUGAAGAUCUGGCCUCUGAAGUAUUAACCUCUGGCGAUCCUGCCUCUAGUGAUCCCGCCUCUGGUGAUCCCACCUCUGGUGAUCCCACCUCUGGUGAUAUCACCUCUGGUGAAACAGUUUCUAAUGAAACAGUCUCCAGUGAACCUUUCUCUGGUGAAUUGGUCUCUGGUGAAUCGGUCCCUGAUGAAUCAGUCUCUGGUGAACCAAUCUCCAGUGAUCCAGCCUCUGGUGAUUCAGCUUCUGCUGAUCUGUCCUCUGGAGCACUGGCCUCUGAUGAUCCAGCCUCUGGUGAUCCGGCUUCUGGUAAUCCAGCCUCUGGUGAUCAAACCCCCGGUGAUCUGGCCUCUGAUGAACCCACUUCUGAUGAACUGACUUCUGAAUCAGCUUUUCAUCCCACCUUUGAACCAAGUUCUGUACCAGUCUGUGAACCUGUUCCUGAAACUGACAGUACAGAGCCUAGUAGCAAUAAAGGUGAUGAUUUUCUUGAAAAAAAUGGGGAUGAUGAAAAGUUAGACCAGAUUUUCUCAUUUGAUGAGAAAAAUAAAGCUGAUAGUAAUAUCGAUGCUGAUGAAGAAACCCUGGAAACAGAUGAUACAGUUAUUUGUUCAGAUCUACCUCCUGAAAAUGAAAAGAAGGCAAAGGAAGAUGCUGUCACAGAACCUGCUCUUGGAGAGGAGGCUAUAUCUAGCAGUAUGGAAAUUGACCAAAGUGAAAAGAAUGAAGAUGAAAAUUCUGCAGACCUUGCAGAAACCAUUAGUGAAAAUGUUAUAAAAGAUGACAAAAAUGAGAUUAUCUUGGAAAAUACAGAUUCUAUGGAGACGGAUGAAAUUAUUCCUAUUUUGGAAAAGCUUGCACCUGCUGAAGAUGAACUUACUUGCUUUUCUAAAACUUCUCUCCUUCCAAUUGAUGAGACAAAUCCAGAUUUGGAAGAGAAAAUGGAAGGUUCUUUUGGUUCACCAUCUAAACAAGAAAGCAGUGAGAGUUUGCCAAAAGAAGCCUUUUUGGUCCUCUCUGAUGAAGAGGAUCUUUCUGGUGAAAAAGAUGAAUCUGAAGUUAUACCACAAAAUGAAACAUGCUCUCCAGCAGAAGUAGAAACUCAUGAAAAGGAUAGCAAACCUGAGGAAGAAGAGCAAGUGGUAAAUGAAGAUGAAAGACCUUCUGAGAAAAGUGAAUUUUCCAGAAGAAAACGUUCUAAAUCAGAGGAUAUGGACAAUGUACAGUCCAAACGUCGUCGAUAUAUGGAAGAAGAAUAUGAAGCAGAAUUUCAAGUGAAGAUUACAGCCAAAGGAGAUAUUAACCAGAAGCUACAAAAGGUUGUACAGUGGUUGCUGGAAGAAAAAUUGUGUGCACUACAAUGUGCUGUAUUUGAUAAGACUUUGGCAGAAUUGAAAACACGAGUGGAAAAGAUUGAAUGUAACAAGAGGCAUAAAACAGUUAUUACUGAACUACAGGCCAAGAUAGCCAGGUUAACCAAACGCUUUGGAGCAGCCAAAGAAGAUCUUAAGAAAAGACAAGAAAAUCCACCGAACCCACCAGUAUCACCAGGGAAGUCUGUAGUUGAUGUCAACAGCAAUAAUAACAAUGUGCCGUACAGAAAUGCAGGCACAGUGAGACAGAUGCUGGAGUCUAAAAGGAAUGUAAGUGAGAGUGCAGCACCAACCUUUCCAACCCCUGUGAAUACAGUAUCUUCAACCAGUCUUGUCACUCCUCCAACAGUUGUCAGUAGUCAACCUAAAUUGCAGACUCCAGUGACUUCUGGUUCUCUGACAGCAACGUCAGUUCUUCCUGCACCCAACACAGCUACAGUAGUUGCUACUACUCAGGUGCCUAGUGGAAAUCCCCAACCUACAAUCUCUUUACAACCUUUACCAGUGAUUUUGCAUGUACCUGUUGCGGUAUCCUCCCAGCCUCAACUCCUACAGAGCCAUCCAGGGACUUUAGUGACCAAUCAACCAUCUGGCAACGUUGAGUUCAUUUCUGUACAAAGCCCACCUACAGUGAGUGGUCUUACCAAAAAUCCAGUAUCCUUGCCAGCCUUGCCAAACCCCACUAAACCAAACAAUGUUCCUUCUGUGGCCAGUCCUAGUAUUCAAAGGAACUCUCCUGCCAGUGCUGCACCAUUAGGAACAACGCUUGCUGUACAGGCUGUUCCAACAGCACACUCUAUUGUACAAGCCACAAGGACUUCUUUACCUACAGUAGGCCCAUCAGGACUGUAUAGUCCAUCAAAUAAUCGAGGUCCUAUACAGAUGAAAAUUCCAAUUUCUGCUUUUAGUACUUCAUCUCCUGCAGAACAGAGCACUGCUACCCCAAGAAUUGAAAACCAGACAAACAAAACAAUAGAUGCUUCUGUUAAUAAGAAAGCAGCUGAUAGCACAUCACAGAGUGGAAAAGCCACAGGCAGUGAUUCAGCUGGUGUCAUUGAUCUCACAAUGGAUGAUGAAGAGAGUGGAGGUUCACAAGACCCUAAAAAGCUAAACCAUACUCCUGUGUCAACCAUGGGUUCUUCUCAGCCUGUGUCUCGACCAUUGCAACCCAUCCAGCCUGCACCACCUCUUCAGCCAUCUGGGGUGCCAACAAGUGGACCAUCUCAGACAACCAUACAUUUACUACCUACAGCUCCAACCACCGUGAAUGUAACACAUCGUCCAGUAACUCAGGUGACCACAAGACUCCCUGUACCGAGAGCUCCUACAAACCACCAGGUGGUUUAUACAACUCUCCCAGCACCACCAGCUCAGGCUCCCCUGCGAGGAACUGUCAUGCAGGCUCCUGCUGUUCGGCAGGUCAAUCCCCAAAAUAGUGUCACAGUUCGAGUGCCUCAAGCAACUACGUAUGUUGUAAACAAUGGACUAACCCUGGGAUCAGCAGGACCUCAGCUCACAGUGCAUCACCGACCACCACAAGUGCAUACUGAGCCCCCACGCCCUGUGCACCCAGCACCCUUACCAGAAGCCCCACAGCCACAGCGUCUGCCCCCAGAAGCUGCCAGCACAUCUCUGCCUCAGAAGCCACACUUGAAAUUAGCACGAGUUCAGAGUCAAAAUGGCAUUGUACUGUCAUGGAGUGUCCUGGAGGUAGACCGAAGCUGUGCCACCGUUGACAGCUACCAUCUCUAUGCUUACCAUGAGGAACCCAGUGCCACGGUGCCCUCCCAGUGGAAAAAGAUUGGAGAAGUAAAGGCACUUCCCUUGCCCAUGGCAUGCACUCUCACCCAGUUUGUAUCUGGCAGCAAAUACUACUUUGCAGUACGAGCCAAGGAUAUUUAUGGACGUUUUGGACCUUUCUGUGAUCCUCAGUCAACAGAUGUGAUCUCUUCUUCCCAGAGCAGUUAAACCUUGGAGCCUUUAUCUCUUCCUCUUUCCGAGUUCCACUUUUUGGUCUUGUUUUAAUCUUGUGCAUGAUAUCCAUUGUAAAAUCCACAUUGUGCAAGAUUUCUUGGACAGAUGUGUAUAUACACUACAUUUGUUUAUAAUCAGAAGUAAAAUAAACAGCCCAUAAAGCAAGAGUCUUUUCCUGGACAAUUGAAGCUUCAGGGUUUUGAAGUGUAAAUGUGCACCUUGCUUUAGUUUUAAGGCUGGGGAAUAUGUGUGGGUGUUUAUGUGUGUUUUUCCCUAUUUAUAUGUUUACUGCAGUGGAAUCUCCCAUUUCCAUUCUCACAUUUACCUCUCUUCAAGUAUAAAGUAAGUAGAUCAAGGGAUCCGAGGUAUGGUAUGUAACUGGCAUGAUUCUGCUUCUGAGGGAUCUGUAGGUUCAUAGCUAAAUGAAUCUAAAGGAAAGAAAAAGCAAAAUGGUUAAAUAGUUUAAACUAGGUUAAUUUGAACACAGGAAGGAUCUGUUCAUCUUUUUUCUUUGCUUGGUUGUUAAUUAGGUGAAAAAGAUCUGCAUUGGCCCCUCUUUCCUAAUCUGGCUCUUACAUUUAUUUUGUGCCUUAAAGAUUAACUACUAAAAUAAACAUGACCAUUUAUCCAUUGUUGAUCUUCUCUUUCAGCCUUUUGCCCUUCAUUUCUCCUUCAUCUCUACUAAAUAUAGCACAUUCCCCUCAAGUCAGUUUUAAACUUAACUAAGGCUUUUAGGUAUAUUCUUACCAGUGGCAUCACUACAUUUAACUCUAAAAAUUUGACUGCUCUUUUCUUCUAAGAACAUAAGUGCUUUUUAUCUUUGGUCACUACUUAAAUUAACUGUGUAAAAUGGACCAAGAGAAGAAAGACCAUAGUGUGUAAGAAAAUUGUCCUUCAAACAUAUUUUAGAAUUUAUAUUGCAUACUGUGUUAGAGAUUAGGAAAGCAAUGCUAGUUCACUUUAUCACCCAAAGCGUAGUAUUCUUUCGUAGGUAGUAAAAUUCACAAA